AGAGAGAGAUAUGUUGGUUUUGGGGUGACAUGAAACAGCCUGCAAUGAAUUCCAAGCUUGAGUAGACUGCUCAGCAGCUUUCUCUUGUAUUUACUUAAACACUUCAAGGACCAGCGCACCCUCAUCCGACAACAGAAUCAUAAUUGGAGACCCAUAAUACAGCAGCUGUCCACAGGGUUGCAUGUAAAGGGAUAUCACCAUGAACACCACAAGCAUAACCAUCAUUCUGCUCACCCUCCUGGCCAUCUUCUCAGCAACUGAAGGGAAAAGACAGCCACGGGUUCUACGCUGCCUUUGCCCCAAAGUGCAGACUGGUCGUAUUCCGUUCAGGAAUCUGAAGAGAGUGCUGCAUCUACCUCCUCGUCCGCACUGCUCAAAGACUGAAGUCAUUAUCACACUCAAAAAUGGACGUCAACUCUGCCUGGACCCAAAUGACCGCCCUGUGAAGAUUCUGGUGGAGAGAUCAACCAAAAGAAUGCAGGAAAGUAAACGUUCUAAAGAGGUUGGAAGCACUACUCGUUCCCCGUAACACUUGUCAACAAAAUGGUGGACGUGAUUCAACAACCUUUUGUGUACUGUGUCUAUUGCUUGUGUUUAUUAUAUGUUUAUUACGUAAUAUGUUUUAAUAAAGAUAUGUUCAUUAUAUGUUUACCAGUGAAGGACCCAGGAGGGGUCAGAGGGAGGAGUUCAUAGAAGAGAGCUGCAGACAGUAUCUGAAAAUAGUUCCUUAUAACAGGACUUUUAGACCUUAGAUUAGAGUGUCUGUUCAUGUUAUAUUGAUGCUUUAAUUUUAUUACAUUUCCAAGCAAGCAAAUAAAAACAACAUAUUCAUA